AUGAGUGGAGGAGGGGAGCAGCCUGACAUCCUCAGUGUGGGAAUCUUGGUCAAAGAAAGAUGGAAGGUGUUGAGGAAAAUAGGAGGCGGAGGAUUUGGAGAAAUUUACGAUGCCCUGGACUUGCUUACUCGAGAAAAUGUUGCACUGAAGGUCGAAUCAGCUCAGCAGCCAAAGCAAGUGCUGAAAAUGGAAGUAGCUGUGUUGAAGAAAUUGCAAGGAAAAGAUCAUGUCUGUAGAUUCAUUGGAUGUGGAAGGAAUGACAGAUUUAACUAUGUGGUCAUGCAGUUGCAGGGUCGGAACUUGGCAGACCUGCGUCGGAGCCAGUCUCGAGGAACUUUCACCAUUAGUACCACUCUGCGGCUUGGGAAGCAGAUUUUGGAAUCUAUUGAAAGUAUUCAUUCUGUGGGAUUCCUGCACAGGGACAUAAAACCGUCUAACUUCGCAAUGGGACGUUUUCCUAGCACCUGUAGGAAGUGUUACAUGCUGGAUUUUGGCUUGGCACGGCAAUUUACCAACUCAUGUGGGGAUGUCAGACCACCACGAGCUGUCGCUGGUUUUCGAGGAACAGUACGAUAUGCAUCAAUCAAUGCUCAUAGAAACAGAGAAAUGGGUCGGCAUGAUGACCUCUGGUCCCUGUUCUACAUGUUGGUGGAAUUUGUGGUUGGGCAACUGCCUUGGAGAAAAAUAAAAGAUAAGGAGCAAGUGGGUUCCAUUAAAGAAAGGUACGAGCACAGACUUAUGCUGAAACAUCUUCCUCAAGAAUUCAACAUCUUUCUGGAUCACAUUUCUAAUUUAGAUUACUUUACAAAGCCUGAUUACCAGCUUCUCAUGUCUGUGUUUGACAACAGCAUGAAAACAUUUGGGGUUAUUGAAAGUGACCCUUUUGACUGGGAGAAGAGUGGUACUGAUGGCUCUCUGACAACAACAACAACUUCAACCACACCUCAGUUACACACUCGUCUUACUCCGGCUGCAAUUGGAAUUGCCAAUGCUACUCCUAUCCCAGGAGAUUUGUUGCGAGAAAACACAGAUGAAGUGUUUCCUGAUGAACAGCUCAGUGAUGGAGAGAAUGGUAUUCCAGUUGGUGUCUCACCAGAGAAACUACCUGGAUCCCCUGGGCAUCAGCGUCCUCAGGAAAAAGAUGUUUGGGAAGAAAUGGAUGCAAACAGAAAUAAAAUAAAACUAGGGAUCUGUAAGGCUGCCACAGAGGAAGAAAACAGCCAUGGGCCAGUGAAUGGAAUGCUUAAUGCACCAAGUCUUGGUUCUCCAAUUCGUGUUCGCUCAGAGACCACCCAGCUAGACAGAGAUGUCCCACUCGUGCGAAAGUUACGUUCAAUUCACAGCUUUGAACUGGAGAAGCGUCUGACAUUGGAGUCAAAGCCAGACACUGAUAAAUUUCUUGAGACCUGUUUGGAGAAGAUGCAGAAAGACUUGAAUGCUGCGGCAGAGACUCCUGUUGCUGCUGUUCCUCCUCUUUCUCAGAAAACACCCGUUCCUGCUCCUGUGACUGCCUGCAUGGACCAUGUUUGGCACUAUGAUGAAGAAUAUCUUCCAGACGCUUCAAAGCCUGUGUCAGCUAGUUCUCCAGAACAUGCUGAUGGUGUUGUUAGCAAUGGAUUUGUAGCUGUCAACUUAAGCUCCUCGAGGCAGGAGGUUGAUUCUAAGGAAUGGGUGAUAAUAGAUAAGGAACGGGACUUGCAGGACUUCAGGACAAAUGAGGCUUUAGGGCACAAAACGACUGGAAGUCCCUCAGAUGAAGAGCCAGAGGUACUACAAGUUCUAGAGGAGACCCCUCCAGAAGAGCAGCCCAGACAGGGUGGUUGGGCAGGAAACAGUGUCCAUGCCAAGAACCAAACCUCAGGGGUGGAGUUUGUUCUAGCCAUGGAGUGUUAUCCUGCUGCUUCCGAACAGCUUACAGAUAAAUUGGAACUUCUGUCUGGAGCUACUGGACAGCUUCUUGCAGCCACCCCUACAAGUCCUAUGGAAGCUCAAGCAGAAGGAGUGCUCACUCCG